AUGAUUAGUUGUUUUUGGGGGGAGCAAUGUUGCCGUUUCCGCGAUGGAAUUUAUAGUGACCUCUACAAACGGCCAUUAUAUGGUACGAGGCACAGUACUCGAAUAGGAGGGUAUACAAGUUUCAUUCAACCUGUCACCGCAUCCAAGCUAUACAAUGAUGUUAAGUCGCACAAAGAUCUUGUGCACUUCGAAACGGCUUACGUUGUCAAACUCCACCGUGUAGCAAGGCUUUCUCCCUCCCAACCCGUUUUUACAUUCACCCAUCCAAAUUACUCAACUAAGAAAAGCAAUCAUCGCUAUAAGAAGCUUCAAUUUGAGAUAUCCCGUGACACUGGAUCAGCUAUGGUUCAUGGUAUGUGGUUCCAAAGCUUUGGUAAUUUGACUUUUAUGCUCUACAUGUGA